GGAGAAAUAAAUUUAAAAUAUCAUCAAUCGUGAGAGACGAAAAAUGGCCUACCACCCUGAAAGCUCAUUAUAGCCUUUUUAGCCACUAUAUAAAAUCAAACACCAAUCAAUAUCUGCCACGUCAUCAUCCUCUUUUUUCCAGCCUGUCGCUUUUAACCUUUGUUUUUUCGUCUCUUACAAUGCACAACUGUUUUCACACGUGUCACAUUUUUCCCUCUCUUCUCUCUCUUUCGCUCUUUCUUCUUCCCCGCAGUUCCCGGAGACGACGCCGGAGGAAAAUCGUACGGAAACUUUGCUUCGACUUCACGUGGCCGCUCCACGAAGCGCCUUUGGGUUUCGUCUUCCCCGUUUCUCUUUCUCUCUCUUCUUUUGCCUUUGUUACCACGAAUAGAACGAGAGGAGAGAGAUAGGAGGAGAGUUUUGGGAUAUUGGUGGAGAGCGAUUAUCGGGAGAGCCAGAGAAAAAAAUAAGCAGCUUCUUCCUCCCUCAUCGUUGGGACCGUGACUUUUGUUUUCUUCAGGUUUGAUCCGUCUUUUUUUCCUCUCUUCAUUUCUCAGUUUUUCCCCUCUUUUUACCUUUUCUGGAAAAAAGUUAGAUAAAAUCGGAAUUGUUUGGAUUAGGGCUUCGAUUUUUUGAUGUUGUUGUAUACUUUUUUCAAUAGAGAUUUGAUUGUGAAACUUUUGUCGUCGUAGCUUUAAGCAAACAAAAAAAAAAGAUGACCGGCGUUGGCGAGAAUCAGCUUAUCUCCAUUCAACCUGAUGAACUCAAAUUUCUCUUUGAACUUGAGAAGCAAAGCUACUGUGAUCUUAAAGUUGCCAAUAAAACAGAGAACUAUGUUGCUUUCAAGGUGAAAACAACAUCUCCAAAGAAGUAUUUUGUAAGACCUAACACUGGUGUCAUUCAGCCAUGGGACUCUUGCAUCAUUAGAGUUACUCUACAAGCGCAACGAGAGUAUCCUCCAGAUAUGCAGUGCAAAGACAAAUUUCUCCUGCAAAGUACCAUUGUACCUCCACACACUGAUGUGGAUGAACUUCCUCAAGACACUUUCACCAAGGACAGUGGAAAGACAUUAACAGAAUGUAAGCUCAAAGUCUCUUAUAUUACCCCGUCUACAACCCAAAGAUCCUCUGAAUCCGGAGCAACAAAUGGUGAUGGACAAAGCUCGGAAACCAUCUCUACUAUACAGCGGCUGAAGGAAGAGCGAGAUGCAGCCGUUAAGCAAACACAACAGCUGCAACAUGAAUUGGAAACGGUAAGGAGGCGGAGAAACCAGAGGAACAGCGGAAAUGGGCUAUCCUUGAAGUUGGCAGCUAUGGUUGGACUCAUCGGACUCAUCAUCGGUUUCAUCCUAAAACUUACCUUAGCUUCUCCCACAUAACAACUCUUGAGCUUCAACACAUCGCCUAUCAUCUCAAUAUAUGUAACAGCCGAAUCAAAACAGAUUCACAUAUUUUCGGGUAUUUUAAAUCUUCUAAAUUUGGGUUAUUUAUAUCCCUCUCUUUCUUUCUCCUAAUGUUCCACACGUUUCUUCCAUCAAAUUUUCUUCUUUUUUUCAGUUAUAAAUUAUGUACAUUUUUGACCCAAGAGACCCUUUCAUCAUUGGUUUUACUUGUCCACUUUUUCAAUCCUCUUUGUGCUUUAUUGAAGAUGGCUAAUCCUUUGUAUUGUUUACCCGUUUGUGAAGGAAUUCUGUUACAAUUAUUUUAUCGAUCAUUGCAUCACUUAAAUGAAAGGUAUAAUUAGCCACCAGGUC